AUGGUUAGCAAUGUGCCAGCGCUAUACGCGAUUCAUCCAAAGGAUUACUAUGCAGAGACGGAAAUCGAACUAAAACAUGCUUAUGCCCAUCAGGCAAUUGGUUUUGGUAAUUACAAUAAUACGAUAUGUCGUGAAUGUCCUUGUAAUUGGAUUCUUGAUCAAAGCUAUAUUGGUUGCUAUUUUGUAUCAUAUACAAGUUUAACUUAUUCUGAUGCUCCAUAG